UUUCAAGAGGAGGAAGGAGCAGCUCUGUUUGUGUUUUUUCGGAGUCUUUGUGUUGCGAGGCUAGCCAGGACGCGCGUCAAGGGACGCAAACCCAGAGACACGCGCAGGACUUCGAGAUGGCUCAGUUAUAUGUGCUACAGCUUGACCGAGCGAUUAAAACGGGAGACGUAGCAUCUAUAGAGCACGUGCUAGACCAUGGAGCAUCUCCUGACGGCGACAUGAACGCAGGAAAGAAACCCAUACACUUUGCCGUGGAAACGGGAUUAGUACGGAUCACGGAGCUCCUGUGUGAGAGGGGUGCCAUCCUCAAUGUGGCGAAUCCUGAAGAACACGGGAGAAGUCCACUGCACAUGGCUGUCAUAAGAGGUUAUAAUGAUGUCGUGAAAUACUUGCUCGAAAGGAGCGCCGACCCCAAUCUUGUAGACGGCGCAGGGGAAACGCCACUGAUCACUGCAAUACAAAAAGGAGAAUUCUCUUCUGUUGCUCUCCUGUUGAAAUACGGAGCUGAUGUUCAUAUAAGAGACGCAAACCACAACACCGCGCUUCUUAUUGCGUUGGAAAAAAAUCACGCAGAAAUCGUCCAAAUGCUGUUAAGUGAGGGAGCUAAAGUCUUCAAUAGAAAUCUGUCAGGCGACAGUACGAUUCACGUGGCUGCAAGAAAAUGUUCAUCGUGGGUCCUUGAGAUGCUGAGAGAGAAGGGAUGUAAUUUAGACAAAUGCAACAGAGAUGGCUCGUUCCCGCUGCAUCUGGCUGCGGAGUCUGGCAACCUGGAUGCAGUCCAGUGGCUCCUGCACCAGGGCGCGAAAUCUGACGAGUUGGACGCCAGCGGGAGGACGCCAGCGGGCAGAGCGGCAGACGCGAGGCAGAAACGCGUUGUGGAUUGGUUUAAUGAUCAUAAGGGAAUUAAAGAACUGACUAACAGUGCAAACCAAAGGGCUGAAAUCAGAGCAAACGCUGAGCGGGGACGGCAAGCUCACCUAAACAGCAACAUCGAUUUCGACGACUGGACCUCAGCGACAAGCUCAUCCAGCGGUCAGACACAAGACGGCCAGCGACCCGGCAACGAAGGCGGUCGAGUGGUGAACAGCUCCCUAGGUCUGCCUAAGGUCCAUGGGAAAAGCAGUGCCGACCAGAGAGAGGCUGAAAGAAAGCUCGCACCGAUUCUUGAAGCGUCUCGAAAAGGGGACGCGGAGACAGUGAAACGCCUGCUGCAGAAUAAGGCUGACCUGGAAGUGGCCGACCAAGAAGGGCGCCGCCCCCUGCACCUCGCGGCCCUGGGAGGCCACGACCGCGUGGUGAAGGAGCUCCUCCGAGGAGGCGCGACCGUCAGUGCCAAGUCGCCCGAAGGUCUCUGCUGCGUCCAUUAUGCUGCACAGGGCGGGCAUAUUAGCACGCUGAUGCUUUUACUGGAAUCCCACUGCGACAUCCAUGCUCUGACGAAGGACGGGUCCACUGCUCUCCACUUGGCAGCUGCGCAUGGCCACUCGUCGGCCGUCGAGUGGCUGGUGGCACAGGCUGGCCUGAAGGUUGCUUCCGCCAACAAAAAACAAGAAACAGCACUUGGCUUGGCUAGAAAGGCGGGACAUAAAGCCACGGUUCAGUCUUUGCUCCAGGUCCAGAUAUCGGAUAUUCUAGUGGGUGGUGACGUCGGGACCCUGAGCCAGUUGGUGGAAGAAUUUGAUUUGGAUGACUUGUGUGCCAAAGAAAAUGAUAAAGGUUUCCGGUCUGUCCACUACGCUGCAUGUGGAGGAAAUGUUGAAGUGCUGAAGAUCCUUCAAAAUAAGAUGUAUGACAUGAACUCUGUGACGAAUCAGGGAUGUUCAGCUUUGCACUAUGCUGUCAAGUACUCUCACCUGGCGGCUGUCAAGUGGCUAGUCAAAAAGGCUGGCCUGGAUGCUACUCUUCUUCCCUGCAGAGGUGGUGCCUCCGCCCUGACGUUGGCCAGACGAAAAGGGCAUGAAGAGAUAGUAACAUAUCUUGAAAAGGUGACUACAGUGAAAUCCCUGGAGUCUGGCGAUCUCGAGGCCCUUAGAGACCUGGUACACGAGGGUGUCAACGUUGAUGCUGUGUGCGAGGGGAAAUUUGGUAUUCCCGUUGCCCACUUCGCUGCUAAGCUGGGGCAUCUCGCGUUACUGAAGAACCUCCAAGAGCUCAAGUAUGACGUGAAAGCAGUAGGGGACGCGGGUUUAACAGCCCUCCACUUCGCAGCAAAUUAUGGUCAACUAGAAGCUGUGAAGUGGCUGGUGGAAGAGGCUGGGCUGGAUGUUUCCCUUCGGAACAGAGAAGGUCUCACUGCCUUGAGCUACGCAGAGAAAUGCAGUUAUGAAGAAAUAGUGGCCUACUUGAGACAAAUUGCCAAAGGCGAAGGAGUGGGAGGAGGAGGAAGAGGUGCAGAAGGAAAAGCAGAAUCAGCAACAGUAGAAGGAACUUCUAUGGAACUGCGUUCGUCGAAACCACUUAAGCUCCUGAAGAUGGCGCAGAGAGGGGACGCGGAGGGUGUGCGUAGACUAGUAGAAGAUGGCGUGAACUUAGAAGCAGAGAGCUCAUUGCCGGACCAGAAAGGGCUUCGUGCGCUGCACUUGGCCUCUAUUGCAGGCCACGCCCGUGCAGUCCAAGAGCUCGUUAGAGGCGGCGCUGAGGUCAAUGCAAGAUCAGCAGAAGGGAUUUCUGCCAUCCACUACGCCGCCGCAGGAGGCCACAGCGAGAUUAUAGGGAUUCUAAAGGCGGCAGAGUGCGACCUGAAUGCAGUGACGAGCGCCGGCGACUCCGCCCUCCACUUGGCAGUGCACAGCAGUAACCUACUGACCGUGAAAAGCCUCGUAAAAAGCGGAGUGGACAUAGUUCGGGGCAACAGGAAAGGCCUCACCCCCUUGGAUAUCGCGGUGAAAGUUCAGAAAGCAGACAUAGCAAAUUACUUGGUGGAGGUCUGUGUGGAGAGAGCGCUGGCAUCUGAGGACACGGGAAGCCUCGUCCAGUUGCUCCAGCAGGGAGCUGAGCUCGAUCAUCUGAUCGUGCAGCGGAGCAAGGAAGGCAUGCGAGCGGUUCACUACGCUGCCAGACACGGCUCCUUGGAGAUGCUGAAGUUGCUGAAGGAAAGGAACACUGACAUGACGUCAACCUCCGUCACGGGACACACGGCCCUCCACUGGGCCGCUCGGGGCGGCCAUCUUGGCGCCGCCCGGUGGCUGGUGUCCCACGGGGGACUCGACGCCACCUGCCGGAGCAAGGACGGCGCCACGGCCUUGGACGUGGCGUUGGGGCUGAGAAACGCGGAGGUGGCCGGUUUCUUGAAAGAGAUUACCCGUGUUGGUGGUCUCGGAAAGCACGGCACUGCGGACAAACCCCAUGAGAAUGUGGUGAUUUUGACGGGGGUAAACAAGCAGCACAGCAAAAGCAGGAGGGGGGGAGGACAGCGGAGAAAGGGAGUAGGGCCAAAAGCAGGAAAGGGAGUAGCAAGAUCCAUAGGUCAAGACUUGGAUAAAGAAAAAGGCAAAGCGGUCCCUCACGUUUGUAAGAGUAUCCGGUGGGCCGAGGAAGUGCCGUCCCGCGACCGCCUUGCUGACAGCCUCCUCCCUCCUUCCUGCAGGCGACCCGCGGAGCAGGGGACGCAGGGGCCGCCCCCGGGAGUGCUGCUGCUCAGCCGCGAAGGGCCGCUCAGGAGCCCGGCCGGGGACGAGGAACACAGGACUCUUCCUGACUCUGAGGUCUUGCCAACAGCUCCUGAAGGCGGCGAGCGACGGGGACCUCGAGGGAGUGAAGAUCUGGCUGGACGAAGGAGCCGACGUAGAGGCGGCUAG